AUGGCUCUCUCCAGAGGUUUGAGAUGCUGUCAAAGGGUUUUCUCUUGGAUACCCGUACUCAUAAUAACCUCCGUGGUCUUGUGGUCAUACUACGCGUACGUGUUUGAGCUGUGCUUGUUCACGCUCACCAACACUUUGGAAAAAGUGGCCUAUCUAUUGGUAUUCCAUGUUUGCUUUGUAAUGUUCUGCUGGACCUACUGGAAGUCAAUUUUCACUCCACCUGCAUCGCCAUGCAAAAAGUUUCAGCUGUCAUAUUCUGACAAAGAAAGAUAUGAGAUGGAAGAGAGGACGGAUGCUCAGAAACAAAUCCUGAUUGAGAUUGCAAAGAAACUGCCCAUCGCCACUCGAGCACAAUCAGGAGCUAUCAGGUUCUGUGACCGAUGCCAGGUGCUGAAGCCUGACCGCUGUCACCACUGCUCAGUUUGUGAAACAUGUGUCCUCAAGAUGGAUCAUCACUGUCCAUGGGUGAACAACUGUGUGGGCUUUUCAAACUACAAGUUUUUUCUGCUAUUCCUGUCCUACUCCAUGCUGUACUGUGUAUUCAUUGCAGCCACAGUCUUUCAGUAUUUUCUCAAGUUCUGGGUGGGGGACCUGCCAAAUGGACCCGCAAAGUUCCAUGUCCUCUUUCUAAUGUUUGUGGCGCUCAUGUUCUUUGUCAGUCUCAUGUUCCUCUUUGGCUAUCACUGCUGGUUGGUGGCCAAAAACAGGUCUACUCUAGAGGCCUUCUCAGCUCCAGUUUUUGUCAGUGGUCCAGACAGAAAUGGCUUCAAUGUGGGCCUUCGCAAAAACCUGCAGGAAGUUUUUGGGGAGGACAGGAGGCUGUGGCUUAUCCCUGUUUUCACAAGCCAAGGGAAUGGACACUACUUCCCCUUGAAGAGUCGAAGUGAAUCCCAGAACCCCUUAUUGGCUAAUGAGGAAAUGUGGCAAGAGUCAGAUGAUGGGUCUGAGGAAGGGAGUUUGGUUGAUGAGCAAGACCCUUCUGUUACCAUAGAAAUGGAGGAGUAGAGGAGACUACCCAGUAUGUGGAACUAUUAACAUUGGUACAGAGAACAGAUUAUAACAAACACGCUCCAUACCAUGAUGCAUUCCAAAUCUUUUGGACAUUCAACACACAAGAAUUCCAGUCAAGUGUAUGGAUGAAACCUGCAGUUCUUUUUUAUUGCCACUUUUAAUAUGGUGUUAAUUUAAUUUUCGUGAGGAGGAACAGGACGGACAUCCCAACAGUGUCAAUCCUGCUGCUUGAAUGGACACACAAUAGUAUUGCUGUGAUUCGAGAAUACGAAAAAAUAAAC